ACAUUUUUUUAGUUGGGCAUAUUUAUAGUCAGCCCUUUGCCUUCUACGUUUAGGUCCCUAGCCUCCGGUGUCAUUGGUGAAUGACCGGAGAUGUCGCAUAGUAGAUUGUUUGCCCGGCUGCUCUUGCAGCAAAAUGGAGUAAGGAGCUGUUAUACUGCUUCAAGAAAGAACCUCUACAUUGAUAAAGACACCAAGGUCAUUUGCCAAGGCUUCACAGGGAAGCAGGGGACGUUUCACAGCCAGCAGGCAAUUGACUAUGGCUCCCGGCUAGUCGGUGGCGUAUCCCCCGGCAAGGGGGGGAGGACACACCUCGGCGUGCCCGUCUUCAACUCUGUCAAGGAGGCGAGAGAGGGCACCGGGGCAGAGGCCACAGUGAUCUACGUGCCCCCUCCAUUCGCGGGUGCCGCCAUCAUUGAGGCCAUUGACGCCGGCAUGCCCCUGGUGGUGUGCAUCACAGAGGGCAUCCCCCAGCAGGACAUGGUUAAGGUCAAACACAAGCUGCUGCGCCAGAGCACCACCCGCCUGAUCGGCCCCAACUGCCCCGGAGUUAUUAAUCCGGGAGAAUGCAAAAUCGGGAUCAUGCCGGGCCACAUUCACAAGAAAGGAAGGAUUGGCAUUGUCUCAAGGUCGGGAACUCUCACAUACGAAGCUGUGCAUCAGACUACACAAGUUGGCCUGGGACAGUCUCUCUGCAUCGGCAUCGGUGGGGACCCCUUCAAUGGGACAAAUUUCAUCGACUGCCUGGAGGUGUUCCUGCAGGACCCCAAGACUGACGGCAUCAUCCUGAUCGGCGAGAUCGGCGGCAACGCCGAGGAGAAUGCUGCCGAUUACCUCAAACAGCACAACUCUGGAGCGAAUGCCAAGCCUGUGGUGUCUUUCAUCGCCGGGCUCACUGCCCCGCCGGGCCGUAGGAUGGGUCACGCUGGUGCCAUCAUCGCAGGGGGCAAGGGCGGAGCCAAAGAGAAGAUUGCCGCCCUACAGCAGGCGGGCGUUGUGGUCAGCAUGUCCCCUGCCCAGCUGGGCAGCACCAUGUUCAAGGAGUUUGAGAAGAGGAAGAUGUUGUAAAUGGCGAGAGGCAACACCCCCCCCCCCCCCCCCCCCCAUCUCCCUUAACGAAGCCGAGCACCCUGAUUUUGAGGUCGUACUGCCCUCCAGCGUCCUACAACUUGCAGACCGCCCUCUCCUGCAGUUCAGUUAAAACUACCAUUGCACUCUCACUACGCAGUAUUUUUCAUUUCAGCUAUGAAUUCAUACCUUUACACGAGAGUAAUUAUAUCAGUAUGUCUUGAUGGUGUCUUUUUCAAAACAUGAUAACAUGCUUGUCGUAGACUUAAGUAAAAGUGUCCUUUAGAGGACAGUUAUUGCCAUCCGUAAUGGUAGCUUUUGAUGUGUCUAUCUUAGUUUGACUAUUGAGGGAUGCCAUGGUAACUGAGGUGGUCUGGUGUCUGUCUUUCUACUACUCUCCUACUGUAACCAAGUAUUCCAUUACAACGUCUGUUCUCACUGGCUAUACACCUGAAUAAGAAAAUAUUUCUCAAACACA